AGUAACCGCGGCCUCCUUCGUGACCGGAAGUGAGGCAGCGGCCGGGCAACCGUGGGUGUCGCCUGAGGGAAACUUCCGAUCCGGUCAGUUAAUCGCCGCCUGGUUUUCGGAGGGGUUCCCGGCAGCGCCGUUGCCUUCCUCAGGGCCUGCCUUUCCCCUUUGGCGUUUCGGGGCUCCACCACACCCCUGCGAGAGUUUGGCUUUUCAGUACAUAGCCAUUGAUCCUGUCACACAAAGGACUCAAUCUUCGUCUGAAGAACGUCGGCUUGAUUCUGUCCUCGUCAACCUGCCUUAUAAAUAGAAGUGACCUGAACUCGGAGCUGCGGCUAUGUCGACUUUCCCCAAAAGCUGCAAUCCUUUUGAUGAGGACGAGGAUGACUUCAAGCCAGUCAAGUGGAACGAAGGGGAGGAGCCUCCAAGAGAAGGUCCAGACAGACAAAGAUAUUUACAACAGGAAGUCAUGAGACUCUCCAAAUCAACUCUAGACAGCACCAACAACUCACUGUCCCUCAUUUAUGAGUCUGAACAUGUGGGAGUCGCCGCAUCGGAGGAACUUGUGCGGCAAGGGGAAGCCCUGAAGCGUUCCGAACGCAUGGUUGAUAAAAUGGAUCAGGACUUAAAGACGAGUCAGAAACACAUCAACAGCAUUAAGAGUGUCUUUGGGGGCCUCGUCAGCUAUUUCAAAGCCAAGCCACAAGAGACCAAACCAGAGGAGAAUGGAGCCCCUCAGUAUCAAGGAAGCGACAGAUUAAAAGAAGCCUUAUCUGUCAGUAAAGAACAAGAGUCCAAGUACCAGGAGACUCAUCCAAAUUUACGGAAGCUGGAUAACUCAGACUUCAGUUCCAGUGGAACUAGUUCAGACAACCCACCCCAACCUUCUCAUUACCCCAGGAACCAGCAUCUCCGCACUUACCAUCAGAAAAUUGAUAACAACUUAGAUGAGAUGUCCACCGGGCUGGGCCGACUGAAAAACCUGGCUCUUGGCUUGCAAACUGAAAUUGAUGAGCAGGAUGACGUUCUGGUUCGCCUCACCCAGAAAGUGGAUACCUUGGAUGUCAACAUCAAAAGCACAGACAAGCGAAUCAAGGAUCAGCUUUAAGGAAUCCAGGGGUGUCUCUCACCUCUGUUUAUAAACUAAAUCUAUUUCAUGCAGCUGGACCUUUCCUUACCCAUCUGCAUUGGGAAAGCGCUAGAGGAAAAGAGGUUGACAGUCCAUCUUGCCGUGUGAUUAAAAUUGUGAAUAGCCUUAAGUGCAGUCUGAGAAAUUUAAGCUACUUUCUUUCGUGUACAUUCAUAAAAGCACUCUGAAGCGUUGUCUUCUGGAACUUCUAGAUUUUGGAGGAAACAUCUCAAUUCUGGACAAGGAUUAGAAACGACAAUUACACCUUGCCUUUCAGUACUCCUUUCACCUUAGGUGUAGCAGGUAUGUACUGCUCAUAUAUACAUUUUUUUUAUAUAAAAGGCUAGCUGCAUACAAUUGAGAAACCAUAUAAGAGGAAGGUUGCCCUAUAUUUCAGAGCUGGGUUGUGUCAAGAUGCUUCUGGUGCAUAGGAUGAAAACCUCUCCCUGACCCCAAGCUUAAGCUACACCAAUAAAGCAGUCCUUGUCGAGUCAGUGUUUAUUGCAAAGACUACAGCAAGCUAAAGACACUUAAAGAAUAUCCAGUUAAGAAUUCUAGAAUAAAAUAAUAAAUAACAAUUCUAUAUUAAAAUCACCAUCUGACAUCCAGUCUGGAGUUUUUAACUGGCUAUUCCUUGAAUGUUUUUUACUUGCUCUGCGAUAAACCUUGACUUGACUUGAAGCAGUCAUUAGGGGGUUAUUCUCUGAAGCUCUUGAUUGCUUGAUUUGUGCCUGUACAAUUAAGCCUGGACUCAAGAUUUAGAGGAUGGCAUUUAUCCAAGAUUUAAAGCUCCACGACCGUAUUUUGGGUUGGAAUGCUUCAGUACAAAAUACUGCCUUUGUGGUUUUCUCUAAGCAACACUUCUCUGCUGUGUAGCCACUGAGCCUUGAUGACUUAAGAUCUUGUUCGAGGCUGUUGGUCUAUUUGCAGGUCUAUUUUAAAAAUAAUAUUGGAGGAAGAAAGUAAAUGGGGAAGGCACUCUAAAUUUCCACUCAACCGGUUCCAGUCGACAUCUUUCAACAUUUAAAUUUCACCCUUGAGAUCCGUCUUGUGCUUCUAUGCCCUGAUUAGCUUGGGACUGAUUGAUUUGUGGUGUAAGUAUUAUAUGCCUUUGUUCCCUGAUGAAAGAAAGAUCCAUUUCUGAAAAUAGUCUUUGUCCAUCUGGUUGACAUUUUGUUUCCGCAAUGUAACUUCUCUUUCUGUGUGUGUGUAAACAUCUCCUUAAGUUCUACAUAUUUGUGUAUACUUGAUGAGAAAGUACCAAUUUUCUUGUAAGCGUCUUCAGUAAAUUGCAGCAAGGAGGAAUUUUGGAAAUAGCAUUUAUUAAAACAAUUGUUCCUCUCA